GCCCUGUCGCACCAUGUUCCUGCGGACUGCCUGCCUGCCAGCGCUGCUGGUCGCGGCGCUGCUGGCCGCGCCGGCCAGCGCCGGUCGCCAGAAGCGCUUCGUCUACUUCAAUCACCAGUCGGACAUGACGGUGGGCCUGCUGGUGGGCGUGCCUAUCUCGGUCACGCUUCCGUCGCUGCUGCCGUCGCGCAGCUGGGGCCGCUCCCUGGACGAGACCCGGCUGCCCUCGGCGGAGGACUCAGCCAUUGACCCCGCCUUCCCGGAGCAGGAGGACCGGCUGCAGCAGUACUUCGCCCACCUCCAGAUCCCUGAAGGGCCGUGCCAGCUGCGCAUCCUCUGCGAGCUCGCCUCCAGCCCCGAGGAGUACUUCCCGGCCAGCGAGAUCCUGCUGAAGGAGCUGGACCUCGGGGCCGGCGCCGAGGUCCUGCAGAGCGAGUCGCGGCUGGCCCGCCUGCUGACCGCCUCCAAGGUCGGCUUCAACAAGGGCGCGCGGCAGUGCAAGGCCGACUACGGCGCGUGCCCCGUUGGCGCCGACGACGCGCUCAGCCGCUUCGGCCUCAAGGUGUGGCAGUACCUCGCCUCCAAGCUGAACAUCUCGUUCAAGAACUAGCGGGCGACGCUGGAGGAGCGUCCUUAGCAGAGGCGCGGGACGGUGGAGGAGAUGGCUGCGUUCAAGGCGUUCCCGCCGACCGGAUGAGAGCCAGAUGCCAGUGGCGGAUGUAGGGCUCGGCAAGCUGUCGGUCGACCGGUGUCCAACCGACGGCUCGUGUCACGUGCGGCAGAAUUGCUCCUCCUCUGCAGGGUAUUAUUUUCACGUGCGGAUGUGUGAGUAAUUGUGUGAGUAACGACGUGAGACAAGUCGCGCGUGUUGGUAUUUAUUUGCAAAUGGUGAGUGUUUGACGAUGUAAUUGAUCUAUGUUGCGGCCGUUGGACCCGCCGGGUCCUGAGACGAUAUCGUGCUCCACAUUUAAAUGCGUGACAGCAGUCUCUUGUUCAGUGUUGGCGCAGGGGCAUAAAAGCGUGCUACGCAGCUCAUUAAGGCUAACAAGAGACCGUGUCUGAUUAUUAAUGAUUUGCAAAAGUUGCUGGAAUGCUCAUAAGCACACGUUUGUUGCCGAUGCUAGGUAGAAGUCUGUAGCAGGAUCCGGAUGGAUGCGACUAACCUCAUGCUGAAGUUGAAGUGCUCAUCGUCCACAUUAGGCGCUAAUGGACGUGAAUGUGGCGUUCUCUGUGAGCUGUUAACGCGAAAGUUGGACUGCGUGGUGUGUGUUCGACUUUGUUAGUGUUUGAGGCAUUACAACGGCUGGGACCCCGGUCGGAGCCGGGUUCAUCAAACUUAGCCAGAAAUGUCGUGGGAAGAGACGCUUUGAAAAUAAACGCUC